AUUACUACAUAACCGUCGCAAGUCAUUCUUAUGAAAGCAUAACAUUGGACUGUGUUCUCUAGCAUAUCUACAACUUCACUCCCUUGACGGACUAACUGCAAAGACACGCUUGUGUAAAACAUGUCGAUUUAUAGAAACGCCGUUUGGUUCGUGAGAGGACUCCAGGAGUACACAAAGGGUGGUUAUGAAGCUGCAGCGAAGCAUUUUACUCCAGGAGACCUGGAUGUGAACCUUAGUGGCCGGUCCUUCAUGAUCACCGGAGCAAACAGCGGGAUAGGAAAAGCUACUGCGCAAGAAAUAGCUAACAGAGGAGGAACUGUUCACAUGGUGUGUCGAAACAGAGGCAGAGCAGAUGCAGCCAAAGAAGAAAUAGUGGAAAAGAGUAAAAAUCAGGAUGUUCACGUCCACAUCCUUGACAUGUCUAGUCUGAGACAAGUGUGGGAGUUUGCCCAGAACUUCUCACAAAGUAGCGCCCUGCAUGUGCUGAUAAACAAUGCAGGCUGUAUGGUGAACCAGAGAGAGCUGACUGAGGAGGGUCUGGAGAAGAACUUUGCCACAAAUACACUUGGUACGUACAUCCUAACGACAGCGUUGAUACCUGCUCUUAAGAAGGUUGAAGAUGCAAGAGUGAUUACCGUUUCAUCAGGCGGCAUGCUCACACAGAAGCUGAACGUGGACGACCUGCAGUUUGAGAAGGGGACGUUUGACGGCACCAUGGCCUACGCUCAAAACAAAAGGCAGCAGGUGAUUCUGACAGAGAGGUGGGCCGCUCAGCACAAAGAGAUCCACUUCUCGUCCAUGCACCCUGGCUGGGCAGACACACCAGCCGUCCAGACGUCCAUGCCUUCUUUCCACUCUAAGAUGCAGUCCAAACUGAGGACAGAGGCCAUGGGAGCAGACACAGCGGUGUGGCUCGCUGUGUCUGCAGCCGCCAUCAAGCAGCCCAGCGGACUCUUCUUCCAGGAUCGUAAAGCGGUAUCAACUCACCUUCCUCUCGCCACCUCCAGAUCAACACCACAAGAAGAGCAGAAACUUCUGACCGCACUGGAGGAGUUCGCCCUCAAGUUUAAGCCUUAACAUCUCUGUGAAUGUCUUUAAAAAAACCAAGCACUCCUCAAUCAUUAUUAAUGUUUACAUAAUCCUUUGUUUUUCAAAAUUCUAAAUACUUUUUAACAUUUAUAAGCAAAAGGGCAAACUUCAUAAAAAACUCAAAAUGUGUCAAGGUUGAUUCAUGAAGGAAGAUUCUUUUAAAACACAAAUUCAUUUUUUAAGAUUUAUAAAAACAGUUCAAAUUAGCUUUAUUCACUUCUCAUAUUUACAAUACUGUAUUUAUCAAGCAGGAGGAGCUGUAUACGUAUCUCUCAUGCUUUUAUAUGAAUGUAAUGAAAAUGAAAAAAAUGUUUUAAUCUUCUGUUAUAAAGUAUAUUGUAUAAUCUUCUGGCCAUUUUGUUUGCUUACUGUCAAAUUAAACAUAUUUAUAAAUUUUUCUUUA